AUGUUCGUAACUGUUGUUAAAGAAAUAAAUUAAAGAUCUAAAAAAGCUCAAAUUAAUAAAUUUAAUUUGAUAUACAAAUAUUAUCUUGGUGAUGGUAAUAAUUGUUAAUUAAUAAGAAAAGUAAUGUAAACCCGUAAAAAUUGGAUAGAAACAAACCAUUCUUAAACGAUGUUUGUAAAUUUCAAAUGGUAAUAAAGCAACUAAGGAAAAUACUGCUUUGAAAUAUUCGGAUUUGAUUUUAUUAUAGAUGAGAAUUUACAUUUGUGGUUGAUUGAAGUUAAUACUAAUCCUUGUUUAGAAGAAAGUUCAAAUAUAUUAAAAAAACUGAUGCCUAGAAUGAUUGAUGAUGCUUUCAAAAUUUGCGUUGACAAGCUCUUUUUUGUAAACUAAAAAGAUAAUUAAGGAUAAUAAAAUAUAUAGCAUUUUUAAUUAGAUGAAUAUGAUGAUAAUGAAAAUUUAUGGGAAAAAUUAGGUUCAAUAUAAGAAUAAAAUGUUUAUAAAAAGUGA